AUGCGGACACUAAAAUGGCUGAGGAUACUGCUGACGAUUAUCUACGCCACCGGACAGAGUCCAAGGACGGCCCGGCAAGCUGGAUAUACUUACAACGUCCCUAGAGUACCGUUUACCUUACCCGCUCCUAGUCCACCUGCACCACCGUCUCCCUCGCCAAUUAGUUACUCGUAUCCAACACCAGCCCCUGCACCGCCAAGUUAUUCCUAUCCUACACCAGCCCCUGCACCACCAAGAUACUCGUAUCCCACACCAGCCCCUGCACCACCAAGAUACAAGUAUCCUACACCAGCCCCUGCACCCCCAAGUUAUUCGUAUCCUACACCAGCUCCUGCGCCGCCAAGUUAUUCGUAUCCUACACCAGCUCCUGCGCCACCAAGUUAUUCGUAUCCUACACCAGCUCCUGCGCCACCAAGUUAUUCGUAUCCUAAACCAGCUCCUGCACCCCCAAGUUAUUCGUAUCCUACACCAGCUCCUGCGCCACCAAGUUAUUCGUAUCCUACACCAGCUCCUGCACCCCCAAGUUAUUCGUAUCCUACACCAGCUCCUGCGCCGCCAAGUUAUUCGUAUCCUACACCAGCUCCUGCGCCGCCAAGUUAUUCGUAUCCUACACCAGCUCCUGCGCCGCCAAGUUAUUCGUAUCCUACACCAGCUCCUGCGCCGCCAAGUUAUUCGUAUCCUACACCAGCUCCUGCGCCGCCAAGUUAUUCGUAUCCUGCGCCACCCCCUCCUCCUCCACCACCACCUCCUACACCAGCUCCUGCGCCACCAAGUUAUUCGUAUCCUGCGCCACCACCUCCUCCUCCACCACCACCCCCUACACCAGCUCCUGCGCCUCCAAGUUAUUCGUAUCCUGCGCCACCUCCGCCACCACCUCCACCACCUCCUCCACCACCACCACCGCCACCUCCUACCCCUCGUCCUACAACUACUGGAUACAGUUAUCCUACGCCAGCUCCUGCGCCUAGCUAUCCCGCACCAGCUCCAUCACCCAGUUAUCCCGCUUCCGCUCCACCGCGUACGUACACCGCAGCUCCUAGUUAUCCAGCUCCAACUUCGCGGCCAGCUUAUUACGCACCACGCCCUGGGCCACGUUAUCUACCUCCAGUCUUGUAG